CUAACCUUAAAACAGAAGGAGAAAGAUGAAAUCUGCUUCUGUCAUUUUGGUUCUUCUUUCAUUGAUUCUGAGCUCUUUCCUCCUCCAAUAUGCCAUUGCUGAUUCCUCUACAACCUAUGCUCCAAGUGUUUGUGAUUCAAAAUGUGGGGUAAGAUGCUUGAAUGCAGGGGUGAAGGACAGGUGCUUGAAGUAUUGUGGAAUCUGCUGCCAACAGUGCAAUUGUGUGCCCUCUGGAACCUAUGGAAACAAGUCAGAAUGCCCUUGUUAUAGAGACAAGUUGAACUCCAAGGGAAAAUCUAAAUGCCCUUAAUUUCAUUUUUCAUUUAUUUUCCCUCCUUUGAAAUCUAUCAUGUUUUCACUUCUCAAUCACUUGAAUCUAAUUUCCUUUCUUCCCUGCAGUUUCUUAAAUGUGAGUGGGUGUCAGUGACAUGACCAAAUAAAUUCAUUGAAACAUAUUAAUUCUCGGUUUGGAAUGACUUUGUAAGUGUUUAACAAAUGUUUGAAGUGAGAAAAGAGUAUUUAUAAGCACAGAAGGCUCUAAAAUUUCCAUCAAUCAAGCACUCUGUCCACAUACAGAGGCACAAAAUUAAACAGAGAAGAGUUCCCAAAAAUUAGAUGAAGUUCUCUCUCAAAAAGCAAGUAAAAAAAAGUUUUUC